UAUACGUUUCAGCAUUACACGACUCACGAAUCGCCGUUCAAAAUGUGUCAUAAUAGUUAUUUGAAAUCUCUGAACUUCCUGUUUCUAUUGUUGCUCUUAGAGAUUCAAUGGGGAUUGGCAGAGAACCCUCAGGAAGAUUGCGCUAAGCUUAAUGAUAGCAGUGUUGAAGGUGGUGAAGUAUGUGGAACUGAUGGGAAAACUUACGCUAAUAGUAAAUUUUUGGGUUGCAUCAAUAACUUGAAGAAAACGGACAUUGCAAUUGUACAUGAAGGAAAGUGCAUUCCGGGACGAGUAUAUUGUGAUCCGGAUUUAAUUUACUCGCCUGUGUGUGGAUCUGACAAUCAAACGUGGCCGAAUGAACAGGCCCUCAAGUGCAACAAUCUGAAUGAAAAAAAUCAAAUAUCAAUAAAAUCCCGAGGCGAAUGUUCGAAGAUUGACUAUUGUUAUCGCAACAGUAUCGAUGAAUACGGACUGAAUCCCGUAUGUGGAAGUAACGGUUAUACUUAUGGGAACGCUGGACAGGUAAAAUGCCUGCAAAAGUACAACGAUCUGAAGAUUUUACACGAUGGAGGCUGUCAUGUCGCCGAAGUCUACCCAAUCUUUGGUAAUGGGGACCUUGCAUGCCACAUUUCCAAGGAGAGGAAUGAGUGGAAUCCAGUUUGCGGGGACGAUGGAAAUACAUAUCCGAAUCCAUUCAUUUAUCUUUGUCAAAAACCAAACCUCAAAGUCCGGGUCAACACUGAAUGUAAUACGACUUCCGGAAAAGCCUGCGUCACAGCGAAUAAGAACGCUAAGAAAAUAAAUGGCGCGUAUGUCAAUGAAGAUUUUACUCCUAAGGACCGAGUCUGCGGAAAUGACGGGGAGACACAAAGAAGUAUUUAUCAUCUCCAGUGCAAGACUCUCUCCAAUAAAUACUUGGCCUUCCAGCACGGAGGCCCCUGCGAAGGCCCCGAAGACAACCCCUGCGGCGCAGUAUCAAUGGAUGUAGAUAGCAUGCCGGUCUGCAGCCACGACGGAACAACAUACAUCAGCAUCCAAGCAUUAUUCUGCGCACGGAGACACGGAGGAAAAAAAAUCAAAUAUCGUCAUGAUGGUCCAUGCUGAGUCGACUCUGCAGAGAUGAAAAGAUGUGGCGGUUUUACAAUGGUGGAAUACACUUCGGUUAAAUAAUUCAAUGAUUCCUAUAAUACGACGAUUGAUGAAUAGGGUUAAUGAAAAGUGUGAAUAAUUCCCUAGAAAUAGAUGAAAAGUCCAUUUCUAAGGCUCAUAAAAAAUUAUAAUUGACAACAAAUGAAGAAUAAUUUUAAUGAUGAACGGGAGAGAAUAGAGGAAUGAAAAGAACAUGUAAUUCAGCAGGAAAUAAAUCAUUAGUUACCGUUUUGUGUAAUAA